AUGUCUCAGACACGGGCAGUUCUGGGUGCACUCCUUGUCUUGCUAAUCGAUCUUGUUGAAGGGCCAGCUUACAACAUGGUGAGUGUGGAGGCUGGUCAUGAAGCUGUGUUGAGUUGCCCUUACCUCUCCAAGGAUUCUUUGCUAAUGGUGACAUGGAAGAAGAAAUGCAGCACUUGCUGCUUUUUGGCCUAUAGAAGUGAUUACAAUGAGACAAGCAAGUUAAACUGCAGUGAGAGGGUGAGGUGGAAAUACCUAUCUGACAGUGUCCCUUCUCUUCAUAUUGACCCCGUGAACCUUGGCGAUGAGGGAAUUUACGUCUGUGAAAUUGUCAGCAGUGCAGGGAAUUUUCUUUUUUUCUCUUCUCUGACUGUGAUAGUCCCUCCUGCAGUGACUCUGACCUGUGACAAGAACAGGGUGGCUGCCUGCCAAGCAUCUGCUGGUAAGCCAGCUGCUGACAUCUCCUGGGUCCCUGCAAGUAAUCAGAGCACUGAAGAAGAAGUCCAUCACCUCAACCGAACAGUGACCAGAGUGAGCUACAUUGGCUGGGUCAACAGCACGUUUCCCACCGUCACCUGCCUGGUUACUCACCCAGCUACAAACCAAACUCUGUCCCUAGACCUACCAU